AUGUCUUUAAAAAAGAAAAAGUUAUCUCAUCAGGAUGAUAGCUGCUCCAUUCAACACCAGCAAUUAUCAUCAGAAAAUCAUUCCUCCAAUAAUAAUAAUAGAAAUAACUCUCAGCAGCAGGCUGGACUUGUUUCCGAUACUCUGAUUCUAAUCGGAUCAUUUAUGGAAAUUAUAGAUAUCAUCAAAUCCAUGUCGGGAGUUUGUAAAUAUUGGAAUGAAGUAUGUGAUGGUGAUGCUUUAUGGAAGGGAUUAUUCCAUAGAGAGUUGGGAAGUGUCGAUUGGUUGAUUAGCAAAUUGAAUAAGAAUUUGCAGCAGAGUGCUUCUUCGGGUGGUACAGCCAUGAAGAGAAUUUUGAGGCCCGUUGCUCACAACCGUGAAGACGGAGGUUUGAAUUAUGAAAAACGGUAUUUUGGUUUUGACGAAGACUCUGCAGGUGAGGAUGAUGACAAUGUCGAUGAUGAUGAGGUUAUGAAUGGAAAUGAAAAGAAAGAUGUUGGAGUUUUGAAAAAGACAUCUUUGAAAAGAAGUAUUGAGGAAGGUAAACAAACAAUUAUUUCUUUGGAUGUACUUAAAGAGGUUCUUGAAGAUUGUUAUGGAGUGAAUAGAUUUUGGUUGAGUUUGUUCAAAGUAGUAGCUGCUAUGAUCCCAAUACAGAGCUAUAAAUUGAUGACUGAAAAACAAAUUAUUCAACCACUUGACAAUGUGACGCCAAUGGUGAGUUCAAAGAAGAAGGAUGAUGAUGACGACGAUGACGACGAGGAUGAAGACUAUGAUGAAGAUGAUGAGGCUGAUAAUCAAGAGGAGGAUGAUCAAUCAGACGAAGAAAAAGAAAAGAAAUCUGCAAAUCAAAAACCAAAAGACGACUUUUUCAAACGUGAUUUCAUGUUCAAAGGUAAAAAGAGCGAAGAGGCAACAGAACAUCUCAUUUCAAAGAAUUAUUGUUACUUUACAGUGAGAUUGGAACAAAUAUUGGAUGUCAUUUUUGGAAGUGAGUUGGAAAAUGCAACACUUUUACAACAGGCUCUGUAUGUUGAUAUCAAAACUCACAAACUUGCUGUCAUUUUGAGUAUAUUUGAUAGACAUGGAAUUAUUUUGAAUUAUUUCGGAUCAGAUUCUAAUGCAACAGAGAAAUACUUGAAUAAGAUUACAGGACAAUUGGCCAUUCAUGCCCAAAACAUUACCAAUUAUGUUCUUUCAAAGAAGACUCGUCCAGCACUUCCUAGAACUCCCUACGUGACAGAAUGUGACACGAUGUGUGUUGGUCUUACGAAAUCUCAUCACACCAUUUCCAUCUUGAAAUUCUGUUACUCUGUUUUAUGUGAACAGGAAGAUUCAAUUUAUCAACCUGAUUCAGUUCAUCAUAACGAGGAAAAUAUUAAGAAAGCGAAUGAUGAAGAAGAAGAGAACAAUGAUGUCAAUGACGACAAUGAUGGGGAAGAACGUGAAAGCGAUUUACCAAAACAGCUCACUUUGCAUCCGGAAAACCAUCAUGGAGUUGUGGAUUUUGGAAUGCUAAUUUUUACUUUUAUCAUGUAG